AUGGAGGAAGCUGCGAGCGCAGGAGCCGUCGAGGCGACCUCGGGGACGAAGAAGGAGCAGCUCGCAGACGGAGAGCGUAACCCUGCCGCGCCGCCUGCUCCUCUCCAAAAGCCCCCGUAUUCCUACAUCGCUCUGAUCACCAUGGCCAUCCGAGACAGCCCCGGACAGCGCUUGCCCCUGCGCGACAUUUAUCGGUACAUCUCCCAGCGGUUCCCUUACUACAAUUUGAGCCAGAAGAGCUGGCAGAACAGCAUCCGGCACAACCUCAGCCUCAACGAGUGUUUCCUGAAGGUGUCCCGGGAGGGAGCCGGGCGCAAGGGCAACGACUGGAUGCUGGAUCCGGCCUUCGAAGGCAUGUUCGAGCGGGGGAAUUACCUGCGCCGGAGGCGCACCCGGAGGCGCUCGCGUGAUCCCGCCCCUGCGCCUCCGCCGACGGCGCCUUGUUUCACCUGCCCGGAGACACCUGCGCCCGCUUACUGCCCUUAUCACCCAUAUCCUCAGAGUCCGCUUCCGCCUCCUGCCUAUCUUUUGGCCGGAUCAGGUGUGGCGCAGCCCUCCCAGCCUUAUCCGGUGAGCGGCUGCCUCCCGGCUAUGGGGCCCGUCGGCGGCUACGGACCCUACCCCAGAUUCCUGCUUCCCGGCGGGGCGGCCCAGCAGCCGCCGAGCCCGGUUGCAGGGGGGCCCGUCGCUCCUUUCCAGUCGCCUCCCGACCUGUCCCUUUUGCGCGGUUGGAAUUGGCAAGAGAGGAUCUCCUGCGCCCGCACGGACUUCUAAAGAGAGGACGACUUGAUUCGGAGCAGCACCUAAUGGACAGCCACGGUUGUGACUCAAGGUUCUAGUCCUGCUUAAGGAAACUACCUGCUACCUCUUAAGGUCUCAGCGCUUGGGGGGACGGGCAGGAUUGGGGGUGGAGAGCUAGGCGUUUGAAAAGCAACGGGGCACGAUUAUUUCAAAUCUGAGAAGAGAGCUGCCGACAAAUUUACACCAGGUCUGAUCCAGUGGUUUUCAACCACACCUGGUGUAAUGCGGGGCGGGGGACGUAGUUGCCGAUUUCUGCAGCUGAAUGUUUUGUUGAAAGCGCAGGAGAAGGUAACUGUCUGGUCAGCUGGCAACUGUGCUUGCACUCAGUUUGCCAAACCUGGAAAGGAUAUUUUGAUGAGGAAUUGGGCAAUCUUCCUUUAGAAGAAAGCCUGGGUGAGAGAUAUCAGGUCCCUUCCCCUCCACCACCCGCGUGAAGAACCCAGCCGUUUUUAUUUUUAUUUUAUUGGCUGGGUUUUGAGGGCGAUUGGGAGGAGUUCCCAAGGCAGUUGCCAACUUCUCAACCAGUCCCUGCUGCUUGUGCCUCAAAGAAUGGUCUGAUCUGCAGGGAUUAGAAGAUGCCGGGUGCUUUUUUCCUACUCUAUGAACAAUCUCAUUUGUCAGUACCUGGCAAUCAGGCUACUCUUCAAGGCACAGCACUGGGGACAGGCUGAAAAGUUGGCAACCCUUGUCUAGAGGAGGUUAAAAAUCUCCCCUGUCGUAUUGAAAGUAACAAAAUUGAUGUUUCCAUUACAGUGAUUUUUUUCUUAAAAAAAACAAAAAAGCUGCCCAACAGAUAAAGUGCCUGUUGCAGAGCUGCAACUUUGUAAGUUCACCUGUUGACUUACAGCUUUUUUAAUUGCUCCUUCGAUGCAAGCGAGCUACAAGUGUGGCAGGCAGGCAGAAAUGGCCAUUAUAUUAAGUAUAGUUUGGAAGUAAGUUCCAUUUAGCAUAUUGGGACUUGCUUCUUAAGUAAGUGGCUCACCUAGACAUGGUCAUUGUCAUUUGUAAUCAACUGGAAGUUGUUACAGGUGAAAUGUUGCAUUUAAAAUUGGUGUCAAGCACUGCUCAGUGCUCAGGGCCAAAGUACCACCCAGUUUGACUAAAGUGUGGAGAUUUUCAGCUGCGAAACAGAAGAAGGAUCUUGUUUUUUUGUUUCUGGUUGGGAGUUGUGUAAUGAUUUCAAGUGUUUGAAUUAGCUGUUUCCAAAGGCAGCAUAAAUAGCCUGGCAGUGGAAAUUGACAAGAUAUUGCAUGUGUUUAAAAUGUUUGGGAGGAGAAAUCUUGAAACUCCCCCCUAGGUUACUUUUCAAGUAGGAUACUCCAGAUUUAGUUCGUUACACAGACACACAGACACACACACACCCCACUCAGGGAAGUUCAGUUAACUUGAAUAAAAUUACUUUAGAGUAAAUGAUUUUGGAUUUAAAAGUGUCUUUGGUUCCUCUAUCUUAACAAUGGCUCUAUUUAUUUCCACAAAGCAUGGUAACCACUUUCCCUCCUAAAAUAGCUGAGUUCUAGCAAAUGUUUAAUCUACGCAGAGUAGAGCCAUUGAAAUUAAUUUCAAUAUGUUUACUCUGAGUAGCACCUAAAAUCUGCCAAGAGUAUUCACUUAUUUUAGGUGGAGCGGGGACCAGCAUUUGGAAGUUUAGAUUCUUAAUUUGAAAGGGAUUAUUAUUAUUAUUACUAUUUUAUUAUAAGGCAUGUGUCAUUUGUGACUGAGGGAUGAUUGAAGUGUCUUCUCCCCCCCCCCCCAUUUUGUGCCGGGGUUCCUGGGUCAUUGGUGAGUAGAAAGCAUUUCACCUGGUUACAUUUAGGACUUGCUGAUCCUUGCUGCAAUGUUGGAAAGUGAAGGACAGAGCCUAAAGAACUGAUUUUUCCAGUCUGGACAUGUCUGAAAAAUGCAAGACAAGGGAGACUAAUUUGCUUUUGAAAAAGGGGUUGCCAACAUCUUGUGCUGGCUCCUGCUCCUCUACCUUUAACAAAAGGUUGAACCUGCAAACAUUGUCUUGGUGGGAUCAUGAUAAUCUCCACCCUGUUAUAAAAAGGCCCCCUUUGCUUAUUUCUGCAGCUCAGAUUGUUGAAUUAAUUCUGCCUAUAAAACUAAAUUGUGCAAAAGUUUAAAAAGUUGUUUUAUGUCACUUCCUGUGUUUAAAACAGUAUUUGAAAUGCAACAAGUCUUGUAAAUAAUAUUUUCCUGGGAAGAAUUAAGUGUUUGUUGGAGUAGGGAUGUGAAUGGACCUCACUUUUGUGUUUAAGUUUUCUGGUUUGGUUUCGCUGGAACUAUUGGUUUUUUAAUGGUUACUGGACAAUAAAUGUUUUUUAUAGC